AUGUUUGAAAACACUUUAUCAAUCUUACCAAAACCUGUUAGAAUACAAUAUGAAACUUUGAUAGCACCCCUAAAUAGGAACAUUAAGCACAAUGUUCAGGAAGGAGGUAUCCAAACGAGGCCAUCACAAAGCAAUGGAUUGUGGUGCCAAUUUUUACUGCCGUCGGUACUCUGCAUGUACUUUAUCUUGGAAGAGGUGACACUAUUAUACAAGAUUAGUACUUUUCUCUCUUUGGGCUUGUUGUCUUACUGCUCUCUAUUUAUUCUUUUUCUAUCUCUGUCAAGUCUUGUUGUUAAAGAGCCAGUGUAUGGGGGAUGCUUAGCUUCAAGUCUUAUAUCUACAUUACUUCUAUAUAGUGUAUUGAAACAGAAUCUGUUGUUUUCCUUUAUGGUUUCAUCAGCAACUGUUCUAUCAUUUGUUUGGUUCCUCCGUUAUUCCUUGAUCAAGCUGCCAAAAACAUUUACAAUAGGGGAAAGCAUUAUAGCAAACCAGAGUGUAACACUGUUCUCAGUUAUAUCUAUUCUCUCUUCAAAUUGGAUGCUGAAGUCUUCAGAAAGAGAUGAAGAUACAUUUUUUAUUUAUGCUAUUGUCUUUACAGUUUUUAUGGCAGUAGGAUUAAUGAUUGUGGCCUUAUAUUCCCUAAAUGACACUCUGCAGAAUAUGAGAUCUUUGAUACAAAUCAUAGCAACAGGAGCUACAUUUGUGUUGAUUACACUACACUUUAUCAUCGGUGUGGAUUUUGUAAAUAAAAUUGUGAAAUUUAUAUUUUUCACAGGAUAUAGAAAAGAAAUAGUUACCUUCUGGCUGUUAUUAGUUGGUCUAUCAAUAAGCGCUUUGUCAAUGCGUACGAAAUUGGCAAUAAAAGCGACUACGGUGACAAGGAAGACUUUUCAUGUACUAGCAUCUCUGGUAUUCCUGUCCGGGAUUCUCUUUGAUAUUCAGUUGAUGCUUUUAGCUGCUGGAAUAGGACUUGGAGCUAUUAUUUUUGUUGAAGCAUUAAGAAAAAGUAAAAUAGAACCAGUUACAUCUGCAUUACAGGCUGCUUUCCUUACAUAUAGUGAUGAAAAGGAUUGCGGCACUUUUGCUAUGACACCUUUAUAUUUAUACGUCGGAUUAGCGUGUCCCUUAAUAUUGGUGCCGUCGUACAGCGAUGAUCAUAAACUCGAGCUUCUAAGUGGAGUGUUGUCGAUUGGAAUUGGAGACACAGCAGCCAGUUGGUUCGGUUCUCGGUUUGGUUUCAAUAAGUGGUCAGACAGUAACAGAACAAUGGAAGGGACCGCAUUUAAUAUUUUAUCCCAAAUAGCAACUGUUUACACUCUUAUUAUAUUUGAGUUGAUCAAUCCUAAGAAUGCUCUAGCACGCACUACGUUUGUGGCCACCGUAACGAGCCUAGUGGAAGCCCAAACUGACCAAGUUGAUAACCUUGUUCUGCCUUUAGUCAGUAUUGCCGCCUUUCAAAUAACACGAUUCGUUUUAUAA